UAACAGUCACCGCUCAGAGCUGUGUUUUUCAUUUCACAGUGUACUAUGCGAGGAACUAUACUUUCCUCUCUCAGCUGAUGAAAGUGUGGAUGAUAUUCAGAUAAAUUGGACAGCUACGCAUACGCAACGCAAAUCUACCAUUCAGGAUUCAACACUACUAGGUUGUUGGUUAAUGAGCUGCAACCAUGGUGCAGGAAUACCAGUCCCCGGUCCGAGUCUACAAGCAUCCAUUUGAACUAAUCAUGGCGGCCUAUGUGAGGAGGUUCCCAAAGUGCCCCUUGAUACCAGUGUUUGUAGACAGCGAGGUCAUCAGUGAAAGCCAAAGUGAGGACGGAUCUACGCUGGUAACUGAGAGGCGCUGUAAGAUUGACGCUGAUGCCCCACGACUUCUCAAACGGAUUGCCGGUGUAGACUAUCUGUACUUCAUCCAGAAGAAUACUCUGAACCGCAAAGACAGGACACUUCACAUUGAGGUCCGUAACGAGACUUUUUCCAGCAGAGUCAUUGUCCACGAGUGCUGCAACUACACGGUUCAUCCAGAGAAUGAGGACUGGACAUGCUUUGAACAGACAGCUAGUCUGGAUAUGAAGUCCUUUUUUGGCUUUGAGAGCACAGCGGAGAAGAUAGCAAUGAAACAGUAUGCUUGUAGCAUUAAAAAGGGUAAAGAGAUUGUUGAGUACUACCUCAGACAGCUGGAGGAAGAAGGAAUAACUUAUAUACCUCGUUGGACACCUCCUGUUGUCUCUGACACUACUGCUGCCAGGCUCCAGCUGCCACCGCCUUCUACUGCCAGAGUCAUCCCUAUCAACAGUGCCAAGGAUGGGCUGUCCAAUAAAGACACUGUCGGCCACACAGAGCUAGUAGCUGGCUCCCCUGAUGAUAAGUUGGAUGCUGAUUACAUCAGACGUUACCUAGGUGAUUUAACGCCUAUGCAGGAGAGCUGUCUUAUUCGACUGCGCCAGUGGCUCCAGGAAACCCACAAGGGCAAGAUUCCAAAGGACCAGCACGUGCUGCGCUUCCUGAGGGCCAGAGACUUCAACCUUGACAAAGCAAGGGAGUUCUUGUGCCAGUCUCUUACUUGGAGGAAGCAAUAUCAGGUGGAUUUCCUGUUAGACUCUUGGGAGCGCCCCCAGCUACUACAGGACUACUAUACUGGAGGCUGGCACCACCAUGACAGAGAUGGUCGUCCUCUGUAUAUCUUGCGCUUGGGUCAAAUGGACAUUAAGGGUUUGGUGCGAGCCUUGGGAGAGGAAGCGCUACUGAGACAGAUUCUGUCCAUCAAUGAGGAGGGACUGAGGCGUUGUGAGGAAAACACUAGAGUCUUUGGUCGACCCAUUAGCUGUUGGACUUGCCUGGUGGAUCUGGAGGGUCUUACUAUGCGUCACCUGUGGAGACCAGGAAUUAAGGCUCUGUUGAGAAUCAUUGAGGUGGUGGAGGCCAACUAUCCAGAGACUCUGGGUCGCCUGCUCAUCCUGAGGGCACCAAGAGUUUUUCCAGUGCUCUGGACCUUGGUCAGCCCCUUGAUCGAUGAAAACACCCGUAAGAAGUUCCUUGUUUAUGCUGGAAAUGACUACCAGGGUCCAGGAGGCUUAGUGGACUACAUUGACAGAGAGAUCAUCCCCGACUUCUUGGGAGGAGACUCCAUGUGUGACAUCCCUGAGGGAGGUAUGGUCCCCAAAUCUAUGUACAGGACAGCAGAGGAGCUGGAGAGUGAGGAAAACCGCCUGUUGACUGACUCCAUCUAUAAGAGUGCCAGUAUAUUUAAGGGAGCUCCAUAUGAGAUGCUGAUCGAGAUCACAGAGGCCUCCUCUGUCAUCACCUGGGACUUUGAUGUGUCUAAAGGCGAUGUGAUCUUCAAUAUCUACCACUCCAAGAGGCUCCCUCAGCCUCCAAAAAAAGACACUCUUGCAACCCAUGGCAUUACGUCCCUAGGGGCAGUCAACGCCCAGCUGAUAGACAAGAGUUGGGUGCUGGGUCAGGACUACAGCUUGGUGGAGAAGGCCCUCACCUGUAAGGAGGGGGAGAGCGUACAGGGUUCCCACAUAACACGCUGGCCGGGCUUCUACAUCCUCCAGUGGCGCUUCCACAGCUCCCCAGCCUGCUCCGCCUCCAGCUUGCCUCGUGUAGAUGAUGUGCUGGCAUCUCUGCAGGUCUCUUCCCACAAGUGUAAAAUCAUGUAUUACACUGAGGUGCUGGCCUCCCAUGACUUCAGGGGGUCCAUGACCAGUCUGGAGUCCAGUCAUAGUGGUUUCUCCCAGCUCAGUGCUGUGACUACUUCCUCUAGACAAUCACAGACCAGCUCCACCAUCUCAAGGUAGCAUCUGCUCAGUAGGUGUCCAAAGGCGAGACUGACCUUAAAUCUACUGACAUCUGCCUCUGACUGUGCCUUAUGCCUUCAAAAAGACGGUUUUUGAUUAGAAUAAAAUCUGACAUUUGAAGGUGAGAGGAGUAUUAUGGAAAUAUUUGUCUUCAUUUAUCAGUAGAGUUUCUUGGAAAUAAUGUACCUGAAGUAGCCUUUUUUGUGACUGUGAGGACUGACUUGUUAUUUUUUAUUAGUAAUUUUAAAUACAUAUAUGAUUUGCAGUUAGAUGACAUUCAGAAGAACAUCUACUGCUAUUCUUAUGGAUAAAUAAAUGAAAAAGAAGCAGCAUUGCAAAUAGCAGUUUUUACAUUCAAUUAAAUAGAGCAGUAAAAAGCAUGACCAAAGCACACAGAUACUAUACCUGAAGUUACUUCAAUUGUCCACAAGAUGUCAGUAUACUCUGUAACACAAACAGCUCACAGCUCAUCUGCAAUGGAUUUAGUACAUCAUGUUUCACUCAAACUGGUCUUUCUCAGAAAUUGAAAGGAUAAUUGCUUGAAUAAAGACUUUACCACACAAAUUAAUAUGUAU